GGUUUACAACCCCCGGUCUAGAUCAGCCAUAUAAUCAAAUUACUCGGUGCCUUCGUCUCUGUCAAUCUUUUUUUUUUUCCUUCUAGAGGAUAAUAAUAAUAAAAAUCCGCGAUAGACGACCCCUUUUCUUGUAGCUCGGCGUUACCAGACUCAACGAGUCGACUCGUCUCCCCCAAAUCACCCGCCGGUACCACCAUCUGAGCACUUCAUUAUUCAUAGCCCGGAUUUCUCCAUGGAGAUUUCCUCGGCCGAAUCGCUAUCCGUCUCUGGCGCGGCCGCUUCUGAGGUCGUAUCGGAACCGUCGGUAUCUUCUCCUUCAUCCUCGUCCCUGUCUGCUUCGUCCCCGAAUCAGGCCUCUUCCACCGCUUUCUCCACCAUGGAUCCCGCAGUUGCGACGACUGCAGGGUCGAGGUACGUUGAUGAUGACGAAGAUGAAGAGGACGUUUGCAGGAUCUGUAGAAAUCCAGGGGAUGCGGAUAAUCCGCUUCGGUAUCCGUGCGCCUGCAGCGGGAGCAUCAAGUUUGUGCACCAGGAUUGCCUCCUUCAGUGGCUUAAUCACAGCAACGCUCGUCAAUGCGAGGUUUGCAAGCAUCCUUUUUCGUUCUCCCCUGUGUAUGCUGAAAAUGCUCCCACAAGGCUUCCUUUCCAGGAGUUUGUAGUUGGCAUUGCGAUGAAAGCCUGCCAUGUUUUGCAGUUCUUCCUGCGGUUGAGUUUUGUGCUUUCUGUCUGGCUUCUCACUAUUCCUUUCAUUACGUUUUGGAUAUGGCGACUGGCAUUCGUGCGGAGUUUUGGUGAAGCUCAGAGGUUGUUCUUAAGCCACAUCUCCACCACAGUUAUCCUCACCGAUUGUUUGCAUGGCUUCUUACUGUCGGCUAGUAUCGUCUUCAUUUUCCUUGGAGCGACUUCAUUGAGGGAUUACUUUAGGCAUUUGCGAGAGUUGGGAGGACAGGAAGAGAGAGAAGAUGAAGGGGAGAGAAAUGGUGCUCGUGCUGCAAGAAGACCUGCUGGACAGGCUAAUAGGAAUCUCGCUGGAGACGGGAAUGGCGAAGAUGCUGGAGAUCAGGGUGCUGCUGCUGGUCAGAUCGUCAGAAGGAACCCUGAAAAUGUUCUGGCAAGGUUGGACAUACAAGCAGCCCGUCUCGAGGCUCAGGUUGAACAAAUGUUUGAUGGUUUGGACGACGCUGAUGGUGCAGAAGACGUUCCAUUUGAUGAGCUGGUUGGAAUGCAGGGUCCGGUGUUCCAUUUGGUUGAGAAUGCCUUUACUGUUUUGGCAAGCAAUAUGAUUUUCCUUGGUGUUGUGAUCUUUGUACCCUUCACAUUGGGACGGGUUAUAUUGUAUCAUGUGUCGUGGCUUUUUGCUGCUGCUAGAGGCCCUGCUGUGACCGCAUCGAUGCAUUUUAUAGAUUCUGGACUGUCAUUGGAAAAUAUAACUCUGAAGAGUGCGUUGACUUCUGUCUCAAAUUUGACCAACGAGGGUCAAGAAAAUGGACUGCUAGGUCAGCUCACGGAUAUGAUGAAAGUCAAUGGAAGUGAAUUGAAUGGAGCAAACAAUACGCUAUCUGUUGCUGCUGAUCUCUUGAAAGGUUCUGUUACUGGAUCAUCGAAGCUAUCUGAUGUUACAACUUUGACUGUUGGGUACAUGUUUAUAGUCUUUCUGGUGUUUCUUUACCUUGGGAUCAUUGCACUAAUUCGGUAUGCCAAGGGUGAGCCACUGACCGUUGGGAGAUUUUAUGGUAUUGCUUCUAUAGUAGAGGCUGUUCCAUCCCUCGUUAGGCAGUUCUUGGCAGCAAUGAGGCAUCUGAUGACUAUGAUUAAAGUUGCCUUUCUUUUGGUCAUCGAGCUUGGGGUCUUCCCCCUGAUGUGUGGGUGGUGGUUAGAUGUUUGUACGGUUAGGAUGUUUGGUAAAACAAUGUCCCACAGAGUACAGUUUUUAUCAAUUUCUCCACUGGCAAGCUCACUUGUUCAUUGGGUUGUUGGAAUCAUGUACAUGCUGCAAAUAAGCAUCUUCGUCAGCCUUCUUCGAGGGGUUCUUCGCCCUGGAGUUUUAUAUUUCCUUCGUGAUCCUGCAGAUCCUAAUUACAAUCCGUUCCGAGAUUUGAUUGAUGAUCCAGUACACAAGCAUGCACGGAGGGUUCUGUUAUCUGUUGCAGUGUAUGGGAGUUUAAUUGUCAUGCUGGUAUUUUUACCAGUCAAACUUGCGAUCCGGAUGGCUCCUUCAAUCUUCCCGCUAGACAUAUCUGUAUCCGACCCUUUCACUGAGAUUCCAGCCGACAUGCUCUUGUUUCAAAUAUGCAUACCAUUCAUUAUCGAGCAUUUUAGACUCCGGACCACAAUUAAGUCCCUUCUACGCUGCUGGUUCACCGGCGUCGGUUGGGCUCUCGGUUUGAAUGAUUUCCUCUUGCCAAGACCAGAGGACAACAUUGGCCAGGACAAUGGAAAUGGUGAACCAGGAAGGCAAAACAGAGCACAAGUAUUGCAGGUCGGUGGACCUGACAGGGCCAUGGCUGCGCUUCCAGCAGCUGAUGAUCCUAACAGAAAUCUUCUCCGCGCUGGGAGUGUCAACACAGGUGAGGAGUAUGAAGAUGACGAAGAGCAGUCUGAUUCAGAGUACAAUUUCGUGGUCCGGAUUAUCCUUCUUCUACUUGUUGCAUGGGUUACUCUUCUUCUCUUCAAUUCGGCAUUGAUAGUUGUACCAGUUUCUCUUGGGCGUGCUCUGUUUAGUGCCAUCCCAGUUCUCCCAAUAACGCAUGGCAUCAAAUGCAACGACCUGUAUGCUUUCGUCAUUGGCACAUAUGCCUUUUGGACUUCCAUAUCUGGGGCAAGGUAUGCUAUUGAGCAUGUCAAGUCGAAAAGGACUUCAGUCUUGCUUAACCAAAUAUGGAAAUGGUGUGGGAUUGUCUUCAAGAGCUCGGUGCUGUUGGCCAUAUGGGUUUUCAUCAUUCCGGUUCUGAUCGGACUUCUGUUUGAGCUUUUGGUGAUUGUCCCAAUGAGAGUCCCAGUAGAUGAAAGCCCUGUCUUCCUCCUGUAUCAAGAUUGGGCUCUUGGGCUCAUCUUUUUGAAGAUCUGGACUAGACUGGUAAUGCUGGAUCAUAUGCUUCCGAUAGUGGAUGAUAGCUGGAGAGCAAAGUUUGAGAGAGUAAGAGAAGAUGGCUUCUCAAGGCUUCAAGGGUUAUGGGUACUUAGAGAGAUUGUCUUCCCGAUCAUGAUGAAACUCCUAACAGCAUUAUGCGUGCCUUAUGUCCUGGCCAGAGGAGUGUUCCCAAUGCUCGGAUAUCCGCUUGUUGUGAACUCGGCGGUCUACAGAUUCGCUUGGAUAGGUUGUCUCUCGGUGAGCCUCUUUUGCUUUUGUGCAAAAAGAUGCCAUGUCUGGUUCAGAAACCUUCACAACUCUAUCCGCGAUGACCGGUAUCUCAUUGGUCGGAGGCUACACAACUUUGGGGAAGCUGCUUUGGCUAGCCAGAACCAAAACCAAAGCAGUGAGGAUGCAGGAGAUGGUGGGGUCCUGAUAGGGCGUGAGGGAGAUGCUGAUACUGGACUUAGGCUCAGACGUGCAAUCCAGCAAGAAGCUAUCUGCUCAACUCAGCUCGAGGUUCAGGCCUCUCCCUCCGCUUUCUCCACCAUGGAUCCCUCAGUUGCGACAGCGAAAGGAUCGAGCUAUAUUGAUGAUGAAGAAGAUGAAGAGGACGUUUGCAGGAUCUGCAGAUAUUCAGGGGAUGCGGACAAUCCGCUUCGAUAUCCGUGCGCCUGCAACGGGAGCAUCAAGUUUGUGCACCAGGAUUGCCUCCUUCAGUGGCUUAAUUACGGAAACGCUCGUCGAUGCGAGGUUUGCAAGCAUCGUUUUUCAUUCUCCCCAGUGUAUGCCGAAAAGGCUCCCACAAGGCUCCCUUUCGUGGAAUUUGUAGUUGGCGUUGCGAUGAAACCUUGCCGUUGCCGUGUCUUGCACUUGUUUCUCCGGCUGGCUUUUGUGCUUUCGAUCUGGUUUCUCGCUAUUCCUUUCAUUACAUUUUGGAUAUGGCGAUUUGCUUUUGUGCGGAGUUUUGACGAAGCUCAGAGGUUGUUCUUAUGCCACAUCUCCACCACAGCUAUUCUCAUCGGCUUCUUAUUAUCGGCCUGUGUUGUCUUCCUUCUCCGUGGAACGACUGCAUUGAGGGGUUACUUUAGGCAUUUGCGAGAAGAUGUACCGUUCUACGAGCUGGUUGGAAUGCAGGGUCCAGUGUUCCAUUUGGUUGAGACUGCCUUUGAUGUUCUAGCAAGCAAUGUGAUAGUCAUUGGCAUUGUGAUCUUUGUGCCCUUCACAUUAGGACGGUUUAUCUUGUAUCAGGUGUCCUCGCUUUUUGCUGCUAGAGACCUUCCCGUGACCGCAUCAAUGCAUCUUAUCGAUACUGGACUGUCAUUGGAAAAUAUAACUCUGAAGAGUGUGCUGACUGUUGUCUCAAAUUUGACUAACAAGGGCCAAGAAAACGGACUGCUUGGUCAGGUCAUGGAAAUGGUGAAAGUCAAUGGAGGUGAAUUGAAUGGAGCACACGAUACUCUAUCUGUUGCUGCUGAUCUCUUGAUGCUGUCUGAUGUUACAACUCUGACCGUUGGGUACAUGUUAAUAGUCUCUCUGGUGGUCCUUUACCUUGGGAUCAUUGCGCUGAAUCGAUAUGUCAAGGGUGAGCCACUGACUAUUGGGACCUUUUAUGGUAUGGCUUCUAUAGUAGAAACUGUACAAUCUCUCCUUAGGCAGUUCUUAGCAGCAAUGAGGCUUGGAAUCAGAGUCGCCUUUUCUCUGGUCUUUGGGUUUGGGGUUUUCCCCCUGAUGUGUGGGUGGUGGCUAGAUGUUUGCACGAUUAGGAUGUUUGGUAAAACAAUGUCCCACAGAGUAGAGUUUUUAUCAGUUUAUCCACUGGCGAGCUCAGUUGUUCAUUGGGUUGUUGGUCUGAUGUACUUUUGGCAAGUCUUCAUAUUCGAGAACCUUCUUCGAGAGGUUCUUCGCCCUGGAGUUUUGAAUUUCCUUAUAGAUCCUGCAGAAGAGGAUUAUACAUUUCAAGAUUUGAUUGGUGGUUCAGUGCGCCUGCUUGCUCGGGAUCUUUUAUUUGAAUCUGCAGAGUUUGGGUGUUUGAUUGUCAUGCUGGUAUAUUUACCUGUCAAACUUGCGCUAUGGAUGGCCCCUUCCAUCUUCCCGCUCGACAUAUCUGUAUCUGAUCCAUUCACUGAGAUUACUGCCAGCGUGCUUCUGCUUCAAAUAUGCAUACCACUUAUCAUCGAGCAUUUCGGACUCCAGACCACAAUUAAGUCCCUUCUACGUUGCUGGUUCACCGGUGUCGGUUGGGCGCUUGGUUUGACAAACUUCCUAUUGCCAAGACCAGAGGAAAACAUUGGUCAGGACAACAGAAAUGGUGAACCAGGAAGGCAAAACAGAGCACAAGUAUUGCAGGUCGGUGGACCUGACAGGGCCAUGGCUGCGGUUGCGGCAGCUGGAAAUGUCAAAACGGGCGAGGAAUAUGAAGAGGAUGAAGAACGAUCUGGUUCUGAGAACAGCUUUGUCCUCCGGAUAAUCACCCUUCUACUUGUUGCAUGGGUGACUCUUCUUCUCUUCAAUUCAGCAUUGAUAGUUGUGCCAGUCUCGCUUGGGCGUGCUCUAUUUAGUGCCAUCCCACUUCUCCCAAUAACUCACGGCAUCAAAUGCAAUGACCUGUAUGCUUUCGUCAUUGGCACAUAUGCCUUUUGGACUUCCAUAUCUGGGGCAAGGUAUGCUAUUGAGCAUGUCAAGUCGAAAAGGACUUCAGUCUUGCUUAACCAAAUAUGGAAAUGGUGUGGGAUUGUCUUCAAGAGCUCGGUGCUGUUGGCCAUAUGGGUUUUCAUCAUUCCGGUUCUGAUCGGACUUCUGUUUGAGCUUUUGGUGAUUGUCCCAAUGAGAGUCCCAGUAGAUGAAAGCCCUGUCUUCCUCCUGUAUCAAGACUGGGCUCUUGGGGUCAUCUUUUUGAAGAUCUGGACUAGACUGGUAAUGCUGGAUCAUAUGCUUCCGAUAGUGGGUGAUAGCUGGAGAGCAAAGUUUGAGAGAGUAAGAGAAGAUGGCUUCUCAAGGCUUCAAGGGUUAUGGGUACUUAGAGAGAUUGUGUUCCCGAUCGUGAUGAAACUCCUAACAGCAUUAUGCGUGCCUUAUGUCCUGGCCAGAGGAGUGUUCCCAAUGCUCGGAUAUCCGCUUGUUGUGAACUCGGCGGUCUACAGAUUCGCUUGGAUAGGCUGUCUCUCGGUGAGCCUCUUUUGCUUCUGUGCAAAACGAUGCCAUGUCUGGUUCAGAAACCUUCACAACUCUAUCCGUGAUGACCGGUAUCUCAUUGGUCGGAGGCUACACAACUUUGAGGAAGCUUCUUACUGCGCGAAACGAUAAACGAAAACUAAUACCAAAACCAAAACAGUGAGGAUGCAGGAGAUGGUGGUCUGUUGAUAGGACGUGAAGGAGAUGCUGACCUGAUACUGGACUUAGGCUCCGACGUGCAAUCCAACAAGAAGCUUAGAAUGAAUAGUGUUAACUAAUGUACAGUAGCAUUUCUUAUUAGAUUAGGCUAUCUUAAUAUUUCUUAUUAAAGCAAGUUCUAAUUCACAGACAAUAGGUAAAUUAAAAGUGAGUUGUAGUCUACUGAUUCACCCUAUUAUAAUCUUGAUUUGUUCAGAAUUUUACUAAUGUUUUUUCAUUCCACAGAUCAUACAUGUACACUACAAAAUUUGAAUUUGAGUAAAGAUAUUGCG